AUGAUGGGCGGGAGCCUCAGCAAAUGGGAGGCGGAAAGGUUCUUGGAAAGAGCAAACAGGCCCCGGCCCCAGCGCCGGCUCCUCCCGGGCCCCGUGGAGGACACAGGCGGCGCAGCCGCUGCCGCCGCCUCCGCUGCGGCUUCCCCGGCCCGAGCUCCGCCGCUCGGCAGCGCGGCCGCCGGCCCCGAGCCGCCGCUGUCCCGUUGCCAGGAGCGAACGCCUGGAGAUGGCCGGCCCGGGGCGCUUGAGGGGCGCUCGGGGGCCGCUCCUGGCCCCGGGCCGAGCGCUGACAGCCGCGUCCCGCCGGCAGGGAAGGCGCAGCAGGGCCUGCAGGAGCAGUACCGGCUGGCUGGGCCCCAGCAGGGUGGAAGCCGCCGGGACGGCUCGAGGGAGAGCGGGCGUGGGGCCAGCGCAGGGCGCAGAGCAUCCCGGGCUGGGCGAGGGGUUCCCGAGCCCCGGCACGGCCUCAGCCCCACUGACGGCAUCGUGCUCCUCCCGCAGCCCGACGGCACCAGCGCACCCCUGGAGGUGGUGCUGCUGGCCAAGGUGUCCACUGGCUUCCCCGGUGUCGUCCAGCUGCUGGAGUGGCUUGAGCUCCCCAACGACAUCGUGAUGGUGCUGGAGCGCCCAAAGCGGUCUCAGGACCUGCACCAUUUCAUUCGGGCACGGGGGUUCCUGUCCGAGGAGGUGGCGCGGGAGCUGUUCCGCCAGGUGCUGGAGGCCGUGCGGCACUGCACCAGCUGCGGGGUCCUGCACAGGGACAUCAAACCACGGAACAUCCUGGUUGACCUGGCCACCGGGGAGGCUAAAUUGAUCGACUUUGGCUGUGACACCUACCUGCAAGACACAGCCUACACUCACUUUGCAGGAACACGGUCAUACAGCCCCCCGGAAUGGAUGCAUUUUGGCUGGUACUACGGCAAGCCAGCUACUGUCUGGUCCCUGGGCAUCGUGCUGCACCAGAUGGUCUGCGGGGAGCACCCUUUCAGGGGGUGCCAGAACAUCAGCUGGGACCAUCAGCUCUCACUGCCACAACGGCUCUCGCCAGAGUGCCAAGAUCUGAUCAGGAGGUGUUUAUCCAUGCUGGACAUGGAAAGGCCUUCGUUAGAAGAGCUGUUGUGUGAUCCCUGGAUGCAGGACGUUCAUCUGCCCUAGAAGAAGGGAAAGAGCCACAGGCACACUCUGAUGCAGGGCCCUGCUGGGGCCCUGGGCAGAACCCUGACAGCCUGGUCUCAGCCCCAGGGAAGGAGAAGGAGCCCCUGGAGAAGCUGUAGCAGGUGGGGCUGCUGCUGCUGGAGACAGCGAGGACGACAUCAAGGAUGACAACCUCUUGCUCCACCUGGUCACCGGCAGACUGAAGAUGACGUCACUUUGAUUCUGGCACCUUCUCCAAAGCCAGGCUCCACAGGGAAUUUGCAGAUGAGUCCACACGCAGGGGAUGCUCCCAGAUUUGGCCAUUGCACAGCCUGGCCGGGAACAGAAGGUUCCCCCUUUGCUGGGGCGGAUGCAGCUGAUCCUUCAGUCGGCUGCCCAGCUGCUUUUGGCAGGGCUCGGGGCAUGGGCUGGGGUGGGUACGAAAUGGGAGUGGGCUCCUGGCCCUGCCAACAGCCCCCACCACCCACCGGGCUGGGGCUGGUGCUGGGGCUGGGGCAGCCAGCCCGACACAAACCAACCCCCAUGGUGGGAGCAGAGGUGGGACUCCAGAACCUGUGCAGGGGCUGCUUUGAUUUGCAGGCAAGGAAGGGCUUGGGCUGCUCCCCUGCCCUUGUUUGCUUUGGGAUCACUCUUAUUUUGGGGGGCAGUGCAGGGGGAAGGGAGAAAGCCUGGGCUUCCUUCACCCGUGAGUGGGUUUUUCCCUGGCAUGCAGGGGUUGGGCCUUCCUCAAGCCCCAGACAGAGAUAUGAUUUUUGACCUUUUUUCUUGUUUCCCCUUUUUGUCUGUAAUCUACUUUCAAUAAUUUGUUGUGUGUUUUUCUAGAGGAAGCGUUCUAGGUGGGGUCCAGUCUGGAUGGGGAAGUGCUUGGGAGCAGCUGCGGCGUGGAUGGGCCGUGCCCUUGGAGAAGGCUGAGGACAUCGUUUGGGACCAGCUUUUCUUCCAGCGGUGGAUGGCGUCAGGUGGGUCCCGUCUGCUUGGCAUGGUGGGAUCAGAGCUUUGGGGAGAUGGCAGCGAGCACAGGAGCAUCCUGCUCUGGGCAGCUGCUGAGGGCUGGAUGUGCCGUGGCUGGCUGCAGGCUGGGCACAUGUCCUGCCCUCCUGCUCUGCUGCCAAAGGCAGCAGUGAUGGGCAGCUCUGGGCACCGCUCUGGGCACGGCCAGCAUGGCCUGGGCACUGCGGGCAGCUGGGACAAGGGGACAGGAGCCU